ACUAACGCUUAUAUCACAAUGUCAGGACGUGGCAAAACCGGCGGUAAGGCCAGGGCUAAGGCCAAGACACGCUCUUCCCGUGCCGGGCUUCAGUUCCCGGUGGGUCGUGUCCAUAGACUCCUCCGCAAGGGAAACUAUGCUCAGCGCGUCGGUGCCGGCGCUCCCGUCUACCUGGCGGCAGUGCUUGAGUACUUGACUGCUGAAAUUCUGGAGUUGGCUGGCAACGCUGCUCGCGACAACAAGAAGACCAGAAUUAUUCCCCGCCACUUGCAGCUCGCCGUCCGCAACGACGAGGAGCUCAACAAACUGCUCGGCGGCGUCACUAUUGCUCAGGGCGGAGUGUUGCCUAACAUCCAGGCUGUGCUCCUGCCCAAGAAGACUGAGAAGGCCGGCAAAGCCAAGUAAAUUCAGCGUCUUCCAGACCCCCAAAACGGCUCUUUUAAGAGCCAACCACUUCAAACUUUGAGAGUCUUAUUCCAUCAAUUGAAACUAACUACAU